AACCGGGGUGGGUUCGCAGAUCACAACAGACGACGUUCGUUCGUUCAUUCGAAGAGACUGUGUAGUUCGAGAAAAGCGUGUUUUAUUAUUGCCGGUGUUUCUCAUUUUUUUUUGUGUAUUUAUAUAUUAUGUUCAAUUAUCUUUCAUUUGAUAAAAUAUUUUAAAAGCUAUCAGUGAAAUUUUUAUGUAUAUGCAAACGAAGUGGAACACAAACAAAACAGUAGAAUAAUAUCUAUCCUACGGUCAUUGGAAAAGAGAAACUUCAUUGUCAAGUGUUAGGGUCGCAGUCGCGACCCAGACAUCAACCGAGGUGGCGUGGGGUACGGCAGUAAUGGAAUUGCAGAGCUGGCUGCUCUAUCAUCUUGUAGCCGUAACCGACUGCAAUCAAGUUACUUUUGCCUGAGUUUCGACUGUGCUCACAGAACACUUCUUUAUUUCAUUCAUAAUCCCGUUAUCGCCUAGAGGAAACAGCGGUCUACCAAUGUUUGAUGUGAUGCAGUCGGCGACUACAUUGAACGGGGGAUCUUAUCCCGCCGGAGGCACCGGAAGUCGCGCUCGUGAUUUAGGUCUUCGAGCGCAAAAAAAACUUCUUGGCAGAGUCGUAUCUACAGGAGCCGGAAGAUCACUGUUGAUAGAUGAUGCUACUACAUCACUUCUGGAUAAUCUUUAUAAACUUAUGGAAAGAGCUGCAAAAACUAAUCCUAGUUUAGACAAGAAGCAGCCUGAAAAGGUUUUAAAAAAUAUUGUUAAAUUAUCCAUUAAAGUGGGUCUUUUACAACGUAAUCAACAAUUAAACGUUACCGAUGAUGCAAAACUUGCCGAAAUAAGAACUGCCCUUAGAGCUGUAGCCAUGUCUGUGGUUUCAUUUUAUGAAUUAGAAUUCAGUUUCGAUAGGGCGUAUUUAAUAAAAUCAUUAGAACGAUGCAGAACUGCAAUACAAACAUUUAUAAAACCACAUCUUACAGAUAAAUCUCAAGAUCGAUGUGAUCAAGUGUUCGAUUUCUUAACGCAUUCCGAUUUCUUGGAUUCCGUUUUUAGACAAGAUUCGGAACAUAGACCUAUCCUUGGAAUGCUAGUUAGUGAUAUAAAUAAGGCCUUAGAUGCUGGGCAUCUUUGAUUUUUUUUUAAAACGCGACUGAAUUUUUGCAAUCAAUGGGGAGCAUGAACAAAAAUUAUACUUAUAUUUGCUAAAAGAUAAUUAAGGGAAGAUAAUAACUUUCCUCCCUAAUUAUUUUUUGAAAAAAAAAAAAAAAAAAAAAAAAAAAA